AUGCUACCACCGCAAGCAAUAAACAUGCCUCCAUUUACUCAUACAAGCAGAACCACAGAUUGUGAUCCCCUUAUGGAUAUCAUAAAAACAGAGUCCCUUCAAUCUUUGAACUACUCGAUCUCCAAAUCUAUACUUCGAGUGGUUGACCAUCUUAUGGAAAACCUUUUGUAUCCAAAUGAUUUUGUUGAGUCUCCCGGCGCAGUAAUAAAAGAAUUAUUUUCCUCCAGCGUAACUUCUUUGAAGGAUAUUCAAAUACGCGAUAAAUUUCAACAGGAAGAAGCUAUGCUUUCUAAUGGGACAGUUUUACUUCUUUUAAUUUCAGCCAGAAAAAUAGUUCAAACGAUAAGGACCAUGAGCGUUGAUCCUUCCAACUAUCAUACCAUAGAAACCAAUUUACUAGAAUUAAGAGAUACAUUGAAUUCAAUAAGGACGCUGAUGGACGGCUAUCUGAAAUUUAUGAAGAAUAGUGCAUAUGUUGGGCAAGAAGCAUUGAACGAUGAGCUAAGGCAAUGUGUCGAAUAUAUUGAUGAGUAUUUAUCAUUGCUUGCAACCCCAAAGACACUUACGCCGGAGUUAUUGAAUAAAAUUAACAAAAGAGUAACCGCUGGUGAAAUACGGGUACUUUCCAACUCCAAUGUGUUUAAAGACUACUUACUCUUUUUGGGGGAGAAGGGAAACGGUGCAGUACUAUCGGUAUCUGCAGCCCUUGACUUAGAAGAUGUAGAUAUGACAUUUGAUGAAUUUUAUGAAGUCAGACAGGAAGUCCUUUCAAUAUCAACUAGAAGAAUCUUUUAA